AAGCCUUAUAAGAACCCCAUCAGCAGCACAAGCGACAAGAAAAAUGAAAAAAAUGGUAGGAGCGAAUCUGAAAUCUGAGACAAUGAAGCUGAUGGAGAAGAGAAGCGGAAUGGAAGCUGAGAUGAACGCUAUCAUUGAGCAGCUUUGUCAGCCUGGGGGUCCAGGUCUUUCUGGCAACCUCGUCGAUUCCCAAGGGUUUCCUCGAGCUGAUAUUGACAUCCCAGUUGUCCGAGCACAACGACAGCGUCUUGCUGAAUUGAAAAUUGAUCACGAGGGAAUUACAGAGAAAAUAAACGUUAAUAUUCAAGUUCUGCAUUCAUCAAGACUCACUUCAACCCCUAAAGAUUCAGGCGUUGAAAUGAAUCAAAACGCAUCAGUUGUCAGUGCCGAUGCAUCUGCAUCCUUGCAAAACCUUGUUUUGAGAGAUUCUCCGAGUGCCAAUGAUUUGGAUAUGAUUUCUAGCCCACCGUUCGCAAUGGUUGAUGAAAUAGCUGAUUCAUCCCCCGCAGGAGAGGAUGGUUUACAACUUGGAGACCAGAUUGUGAAAUUUGGUAAUGUGACGGCCGGUGAUAAUUUGCCACAAAGACUUGCUUCUGAAGCUCAGGUCAAUCAGGGUCACCCAAUACCUGUCAGAAUUAUGAGACAAGGUGCAUUAAUUAAUCUAAUGGUGAUUCCUAGAACAUGGCAAGGCAGGGGUCUUCUAGGGUAUGUCAUACCUUCUUUAUCUCCUCAUUAGUAAUAGGUUUAAAUUACAGAUCACAUCAUGUUAUCAGUACCUUGCUUUGAGAUUGUUGCUCUGGAAGCAACUUAAAUUAGUGACAAAUGACUACUAUCAGUUCCAAGAAAAUGGUUGAGGUCAGAAUCAUGAUUGAUCCUGAACAAUCAUACUGGAAGUUUGGAAUAAUAAUAUACUUACGCAAGCAUGUAGGAAAGACAAAUGGGGCUUAUAUAUUAUCGCUAUAGUAGACUUAAAGAAAGUUAUUGCUUUUCUUGUGCAUGAACUACAAAGCGAAAUGGAUUGAAUGCUGCUGCGUAUUUGUUCUUGAAUAUUUACUGAUUGGUGGUUGACAUUGGCUUA